UGGAACACAUAAAAUUACACCACGCACACGGUAGCUUAGCUUGCUUUUGUUAGAAGGUAAUUUGAAGACGGAUUUGGUGUUUUAUGUAAAUAUUUGCGCGUUUGCAAUACAAAUGUCUUCAGUUCAGCCUCAGAGAGAGUUUAUCGACGAGCAGAUAACUCCUGCUGAAGAAACAUUCACAGAGUUGAAAGAAAUAAAUGUGAAGAUCGAGGAAGAGAUGGAGGAUCAGCGCAGACUGAUGGAUUUCAGCCGGAUACCGAAGAUAAUUUUACACCGGACAGAUCCCCUGCAGUGCUGUAAAGAGGAAGAGAUUCUGAAUGAGCUCAACAACCAGGAGGAAAACUCCACUUUAGAUGAAAAGGAACCAGAGCCUCUGCAGAUGAAACAGGAGCAAGAGGAACCAGAACCUCUGCAGAUGAAACAGGAGCAAGAGGAACCAGAACCUCUGCAGAUGAAACAGGAGCAAGAGGAACCAGAACCUCUGCAGAUGAAACAGGAACCAGAGGAACAAGAACCGCUGCAGAUGAAACAGGAACCAGAGGAACAAGAACCUCAACCAAUAAAACAGGAACCAGAGGAACCAGAACCUCUGCAGAUGAAAAAGGAACCAGAGGAACCAGAACCUCAACAGUUCAAAGAGGAAGAGAAGCAACUCUGCAUCAGUCAGGUUAAAGCGCAUAUUGUGCUGAAACAAGAGACUCAUUAUAUUUUGGUGAAUAAACAGAAAAACGGCAAAACUGAGACUUCAAAACAGAAAAUACGCAAGAAAGCUCACCCAAAGCAAAAACUAUAUUCUUGUAAAUUUUGUGAUAAAACCUUUUCUCAAAGAGUUUCCUUGACAUCGCACAUGAGAAAUCACAAGAAACCUUUCACAUGUUCAACCUGUGGAAAAAGUUAUCCCUGCAAGAGUCGUUUAAUUUAUCACAUGAGAAUUCACACAGGGGAAAGACCGUUCACAUGUACAGCUUGUGGAAAAAGUUUCUAUCACAAAGACACUUUAAAGGUUCACAUGAGAAUUCACUCAGGUGACAAGCCUUACAUGUGCACAACCUGUGGAAAAAGUUUUCUGUGUAAAUCUCUGUUACUUGAACACAUGAUGAUUCACGUAGCCAAGAAGCCGUUCUCCUGUGGAACGUGUGGAAAAGGUUUCAGUCAUAAAAGAAAUUUAACUGUUCACAUGAGAUUUCACACGGGUGAGAAGAUUUUCUCAUGUGGGACUUGUGGAAGAAAAUUUGUGUCUAAAUCUCACUUAGUUAAUCACAUGGGUGUUCACACAAAUGAGAAGCCUUUCUCAUGUGAGACCUGUAAAAAACGUUUCCGAAGGAAACCUGACUUAGACAACCACAUGAGAAUUCACACAGGUGAGAAGCCUUUCUCAUGUGGGACAUGCGGAAAAAACUUUGCUCGAAAAAACUCUUUAAAUUCUCACUUGAAGACUCAUACAAGGGAGAAUUCUUUCCCGUGUGGUACCUGUAGAAAAAGUUUCUCUGAUAAAGAAAAGUUGACAGUUCACAUGAGAUUUCACACUCGUGAGAAGCCUUUCUCUUGUGAGACCUGUGGAAAAGACUUUGUGUAUGAAUCAAACUUAGCUAGUCACAUGAGAAUUCACACAGGUGAGAAGCCUUUGUCCUGUGGAACAUGUGGAAAAGGUUUCACUCAUAAAAAAAGUCUAACUGCUCACAUGACAUUGCACACAGGUGCGAAGAGUUUGUCAUGUACGACCUGCGGAAAAAGUUUUGUGUACAAUUCACACUUAGUUAAUCACAUGAGAAUUCACACAGGUGAGAAGCCUUUCUCUUGUGAGACCUGUGGAAGAAGUUUCGCUCAUAAAAUAAAUUUAACUGCUCACAUGAGAGUUCACACAGUUGAGAAGCCUUUCUCUUGUGGAACCUGUGGAAAAUGUUCUGUGUGUAAAUCUAGUCUACUUAAUCACAUCAAUGAAUCAGUCAGUCAGUCAAUGUUACUUAUAAAAGAUCAUUCAUAUUAAAAAGCAGCUCAAAGUUCUGUACCGAUCAAUAAAAAAGGAGUUUUUUAUUUAUCUUUAUUGAUCAAUUUUUACC